GCGCAUUGAAUUUGGAUAAUCCACCAUCCCAGAUGCCGAGUAUCCUAGAAAAGUCAAGGAUUGCAGCAAAUGAUAAGACAGACCUGACCUUCUACGAAUCGUCCCCAUGCGUCCAACGCCGAGGUGCAAAGACAUUGUACCCGGCUGGGCUCACAGUACCUCCUGGCCGUCCAGCUGUCAGCAUGCGGCCAUGAGCAUGAAAAAUUCAUCAGGAAAUCAUCCCUCCCGCGAAGUGUGCGCAUACCUUACGACGACUCAAUGGAGACUAUGUAACGCGCAUAUACACUGGCGCUUCGUGCUGCCUCCAUCAGCCUCACUCGUCCCAGCAUGGCAGACCGCCAAGGCGAUGAAAAGGCGCUCCCCAUCAUCGCUGCCACUGCGAACACGCCACUUCAUCCUGCCGACCAAGCCGCUAUCCAACUGAAGCCACACUUGCAGUCGACCGAGAAAGGCAUCGAAGUCGACAGCGAAGACGACAGUCCCGAAGGAGACCGGCUGUCCGAAGAGAAAGGGUCCUCGGGCUCGCUCAAGGACUACUGGCGCAUCUUCGCCUAUGCCGACAGCCAGGACAUCGCCUGUUAUAUCAUAUCUCUCCUCUGCUCCGUGGCCUCGGGUGCAGCACUGCCGUUCACGACUCUGCUCUUCGGACACUUUACUACAGACUUUAAUAACUUCACUACUGGAGUCAGCACUCCUCAAGAAUUUCGCGACCAUGUUGACCACUUCGUUCUCUGGUUCAUCUACCUCUUCGUGGCCCGUCUUGUCCUCUGUUAUGCUGCCAACGUCUUGAUCAGCGUAGCGGGCACUCGCACCACUACAGCGUUGCGCACAGCCUUCCUCGAGAAAACUUUGCGCCUCGAGAUAUGGCACUUCGACAAGGCAGGGAACGGCUCAGCCGCCACACAAGUCACCACAAACGGCAACAGGGUCAACCAGGGAAUUGCAGAGAAACUUGCCACGAUCGUGCAAGCUUUGUCCCUAUUCUUCUCCUCCUGGAUCAUCGCUCUUGCAGUCCAGUGGAAACUUGCUUUGAUAUGUAUGAGUAUCAUACCAGCUCUGAUCCUCGUCGUUGCCGCCUGCCUCUCUGUUGACGCGAAAAUAGAAGCGCGGAUUACCAAAAUUUAUUCUCAGGGUGCUGUGCUAGCUCAGGAUGCCAUCUCCUCGAUUCGAACGAUACACGCCUUUGGAGCGCAGGACAAGAUUGUGAAGACGUACGACGGCUAUUUGUCCAAAGCACAUAAGAUUGGUGACCGCAAAAGCCUGGUCUACGGCAUCUUGUUCUCUACGGAGCACUGUUUGAUCUUCUCUGCCACGGCCUUGGCCUUCUGGCAAGGAUAUCGGAUGUUCAGAUCGGGCGAAAUCGAUAACGUGGGAACAGUCUUCACGGUCGUACUUUCAGUUGCUAUCGGAACCACGUCUCUGAGUAUGAUCACUCCACAGCAGCAGGCCAUUACAAAUGCAGCGAGUGCCGCAAGUGAGCUCUUUGAGAUUAUCGACCAGGAGUCCAAGCUGGAUCCGUUGGCGACCGAUGGCAAGCAACCGGAGAUCUGUGCUGGGGAAAUUGAGGUGAGAGAUCUCACCUUCACAUACCCGUCUCGACCUACCGCGCAAGUCCUGCAUGGUCUGAACUUGUCCAUACCGGCUGGAAAGACAACGGCGCUCGUUGGCCCAUCAGGGUGCGGAAAGUCGACGCUUGUGGGACUCUUGGAAAGGUGGUAUGAAGGCACAGGAGGUCAAAUUCUGCUCGAUGGUGCCGACAUCUCCACUUACAACACGAAGUGGAUACGCAGUAAUAUACGCCUGGUGCAGCAAGAACCUGUUCUGUUCCGCGGGACGUUGUUUGAAAAUGUCGCAAAGGGACUCGUCGGCGCGCAACUUGACUUGCCAAUUGAGAAGAAGAGAGCGCUGGUGGCGGACGCUUGCAGACAGGCCAAUGCCCACGACUUCAUUGUGGGCCUCCCUGAGGGUUACGAUACUCAGGUGGGAGAAAGAGCAUCCAUGCUGAGUGGCGGGCAGAGGCAGCGUGUUGCCAUCGCACGCAGUAUUAUCUCCGAUCCGAAGAUCUUACUGCUUGACGAGGCCACUUCUGCACUUGAUCCAACAGCAGAACGCAUCGUGCAAUCUGCGCUGCACAAGGUUUCUGCCAACAAGACAACCCUCGUUAUCGCGCACAAACUCGCCACAGUCCAGCUCGCUGACAACAUCGCCGUGAUGCAAUAUGGCCGGGUCGUCGAACAAGGAACCCACAGGCAGCUCAUCGAACUCGAUGGCCACUAUGCCGCCAUGGUCCGCGCUCAAGACCUUGGUGCCAGUCAAGGCGAUGCAGAGGACACCAAUGAAGCCGAUGAAAAAGAUACAGAACGCCAAAUGUCCCUGCAGCGAACUAAGAUAUCUGCAGCAUCCAUGACCGCAGAAGCCGAGCUCAAAGCCCUCACAUCAGGAACUGUUGGCUACUCCCUGGUCAAAUGCAUAUAUGUCAUGUUUACUGAGAACCCCAAACUCUAUUGGUGGUAUGCAUGUUCUCUGUUUGGCUCGACCAUUGGAGGUCUGCUUUACCCGGCUCAGGCCGUUCUCUUCUCCAAGCUUAUCAGUGUCUUCACCCUCCCUGAGAAUGAAGGCCAAUCUCGAGCAAAUCUUUUCUCGCUAAUGUUCUUAGUCCUCGCUCUAUCGAAUCUGGUGGCUUCUUUCAUGCUCGGAUGGGCUUGCAACAUCAUUGGACAGGAAGUCACACAUCGCUAUCGAAGAGAAAUGCUCGCCAAUGUGAUCAAUUUUGACCAGGAUUUCUUUGAUCGGGCUGAGAACUCUAGCGGGAGUUUGACGAGUAAAUUGUCGUCUGUUCCGACAUCCUUGAUGGAGAUGAUUAGUGCGAAUAUCGCACUGAUGUGCAUUGUGAUUGUCAACGUAUCAGCUUCGUCGAUACUCGCGAUUGCAUAUGGCUGGAAGUUGGGACUCGUGGUUGUGUUUGGCGCGCUACCUAUUUUGCUCGGAUCUGGAUGGGUGAGAAUCCGAAUGGACCAGAAGCUCGAAGCUCAAGCGGAGGAGCGAUUCGCUGAUAGUGCUGGUUUGGCUACCGAAGCAGUUACCUCGAUCCGGACAAUCUCGUCCUUGACGCUGGAAUCUGCUGUCAUGGACGAGUACAAGACCACAAUGGCCUCCAUCAUCAAGAGCGCCACGAGAGGAUUUCUCGUCAACAUGAUUCCUUACGCCCUGUCACAGUCUCUCGAGUUUCUCAGCCUGGCCCUCGGAUUCUGGUAUGGUUCGCGCCUGGUGGCCAGCUAUGAGUACACGUCAGAGCAGUUUUUCGUCGUCUUCAUCGCAGUCGUCUUUGGGGGUCAAGCAGCAGCUCAAGUGUUUGGCUACAGCACGUCCAUCACGAAAGCACAGGGCGCCGCAAACUACAUCCUGUGGCUUCGCACGAUCGUGCCUUCGAUUGGUGAGACAUCCGACAACAAGAACCACGGGCCGCCAGACACCGACGCACCUAUUGCAAUGGAAAACAUAGACUUCCACUACAUUCAACGCCAUGCUUUCAAAGUGCUUCGCGGAAUCAGCUUGACCAUCCAUCCCGGGCAAUAUGUUGCCUUUGUCGGACCGUCAGGUUGCGGCAAAUCCACCCUCAUUGCUUUACUCGAACGCUUCUACGACCCUACCUCUGGACGAAUCACGCUUAACGGCGACGACAUUUCCAAAAUGUCGCCCAAAGCCUAUCGAAAGUACAUGUCCCUAGUGCAACAAGAGCCUCCUCUCUACCAGGGUUCAGUACGCGAGAACAUCUCUCUCGGGCUCGAUUACGAACCCGAAGACGACGAAGUCAACGAAGCACUCCGACAAGCCAAUGGUCUAGAAUUCGUCUCCUCCUUGCCCGAAGGACUCCACACGCCCUGUGGAACCAAAGGCCUCCAAUUCUCCGGAGGCCAACGUCAACGCAUCGCCGUAGCCCGAGCGCUGAUUCGGAAACCGCGAUUGCUCUUACUCGACGAGGCGACGUCGGCUCUGGAUACGCAGAGCGAGAGAAUUGUGCAAAAAGCUUUGGACGAGGCAGCUUCCAGUCGCACGACGAUUGCCGUCGCCCAUCGAUUGAGUACGAUUCGGCAUGCGCAUGUGAUUUUCGUCAUUGCCGAGGGGAGAAUUGUGGAAAUGGGCACUCAUCAAGAGUUGCAGGCUUUGAGGGGGAGGUAUUAUGCCAUGUGCCUUGCGCAGUCGUUAGAUCAAUCAUAA